AUGUAUGUCUUUGGCGAGGUUCAAGAUCCGCUCGAGGACACUGUCGAGCUUGUUGAGGAUAUCGUGCAGUCACAGCUCUGCGAGAUUCUGGCGCAGGCAGCCAGCCACGCAUUGAAGCGAGGCACUCGCUUCAUCAACGUCGAGGAUCUGAUCUUUCUGAUCCGCAAGGACACACAGAAGGUGAACCGUCUCAAGAUCUUUCUGUCGUGGAAGGACGUGCGGAAGGCCCAGGGCAAGGACUCGAGCGGCGGAGCGGACACUGCCGAGGAUCUGUUGGAAGAAGGUGCUGAUAAGCCGCUCAAGGUCAAGCGCAUGAAGAUCAAGUUUUCCUGGGAUCUGAUUCAGCAGUACAGCAGCCUCUUGAGCGACGACGAGGACGAGGACGAGGACGAAGAGGAGCUGGAGGCUUACGAAGACCAGAUACAGCGCCUAAAGACGGCUGACGACGUCACCAAGACCAUGUCCAAGGAUCAGUAUAUCUACUACGCUGACUGCCGACAGGCAUCAUUCACCUUCAAGAAAGUCAAAAAGUUCCGCGAGUUUUGCAUGAUGUCCAACUACUGCGAAAACAGAACCAAUAACGAGGUCAUGGAUGUCCUCGGAUUCCUGGCAUACGAGCUUGUGUCUAAACUGACCGAGGUCGGCCUCCACGUCCGCAAAGAGUGGGCCCAGAGCAAGCCCGCCGAUGGGGACGGGCCACGCAUCCCUGAUUUGUUUGCCGGUCCACCGCCCGAGAUCUCUCCGUUGCAGCCGGUGCACAUCCAAGAAGCGUUCCGCAGACUGCAGCGCCCAUCCAAGUGCAUGGACAGCUUCCGAAGCGGACUACAGCGCACGAUGGUCAGCUUGAUCUGA